AUAAAAAUCCAUUUACGACAUAGCAUCAUUUCCAAAUAAUGCUCUCGCUUGACAUUAUGUUGCUAACUUCUAAAUUGAUAUGCGAUAGUUUAACAUGUCAAUGUCGACUUCAUUACAUCAGGAACUAACACAGGGACUAAAUAAAGCGUUCGAAAAUGAAGGAGAGAUCGAAAAAAUCUGGCAUUUUAAGACCGUUCGUACGGUUCAUCAUUUUGAUAAUUUCUAUGUUUAUUUAUUUAGCGAUUGGCGCCGUUGUCUUCAAUCGCCUUGAGAAUGACAACAACAUUGCUUCACAGAGAAAACUUUAUGAAUCCCUGAUCGAAUUCAUGGAUGAUCACCCAUGCCUUUCAAACGAAUCACUUCAAUACUUCUUUGAGAAUGUGGACAAAGCUAUUGAAAUGAGUGUGGUGAGUGUGACACGACAAUCAAGGAUCAGAGAUAGUAGCGCCUUAUGGGAUAUACCAACUUCGUUCUUCUUCACAUCUACUAUUGUUACUACCAUAGGUUAUGGAAAUUUUGCCCCUAAGACUGACGGCGGUCGUAUCUUCUGUUCAUUCUAUGCAUUCAUUGGGAUCCCCCUCACUGGAUGGUUUCUUCUUACAAUCGGUGACGCCCUUCAGGUAUACUGGAAUAAGAUAAGACAUCAGACACAUCGUCUUACUGUAAAGAUACCACAUGAGCUCACCCGUAGAUGCAUUCAUUUUAUCAUCUAUUCGACGUUCAUCCUCAUUAUCCUCCUCCUCUUUCCUGGUUUUGUCUUGAUGUACACCGAAGGCUGGAGUUACCAAGAUGCCGUCUACUACUGCUUCAUAACGUUUAGCACGAUCGGAUUCGGCGAUCUGGUGGCUGGGGAUUCACAGAAGCACAAUGUAGGCUUGUGGAUAUUGAAUGUUACCCAUGUGGUAUUUCUAUUAAUGGGACUGAGCAUUAUGUCUAUGGCACUGAAAGGGAUGGGUAAUUCUCAGAAGACGAGUUACAAGAGAGCAAAGACAGCGGUUCGAGACCUCGUUCAGAAAGCAAGUCGGAAAAAGAGGCAGAAAUCGCCACCAGUGACGAUACCUAUUGAUUUGAAUACAUCAAACGUUUCAAAAUCUCAAGUUUGACAUUAGAACUUCAACAAUUUAAACUUCUUGGAGCUGUUUAAUGUUCCCCAGAUGAUAUUGUACUAAGCAUUGUGGGUAUAACCAGAAGCUUGUGACGGAUCCGAGAUUUCAUUGGUGAUGGGCACGGAAAUGGGGGCAGUUUCUUCAGAAUUUUCAAAGAGAAGUGCCCUCAUCCCUGGAUUCGCAUCUGCGGAAAGUGAAGGGAUAGAUUCCACCAUGCAGAGAAAGGGACCUCGUCGAGUUCGAAAAUAUCGUACACAUGCUGUCGCCAUGUGUGGUCAUCAGUAACCGAGAAGGGCACAUGAGGGAUGCAAAGAUUGAUUAUCAUUCUAUCAACAAAAUGCACCAAACUCUUGAAAAUGGUAUAGAUGUCGAAUAAAAAAAAACACGCAAAAAACUUGACAACGCUGUCAGUGCAUGUGCAUGGAGAUAUUAGCUCACCAUGUUCAAUGUUAGUAUAUUAGGAAUAUAAGUUACAUAUCUUAAUUAUUGUGGCAAACUUUGAUUCACGUUGAUUCACAUUAUAUAUAAUCUACCAGACUUUGGGGGUUAUGGGGGACUCUUGGAGCCACUCCCAGAGACUAUGUUGAUUUGACAAACAUAUUUGAUUACAUGAAUAUCUUAUCCCUCGUUCUCACUGUCGAGCGAUCAGUUGCGAACGCCACGAUUGGCCUUUCGUAUAACUGAUCGCGAACAUUUUUGGACCAUUCAAUUUUUUUCUACGAUCAAUACGAUUACCACGAUUGAUCUGAUAUGACCUGAUACGAUCUGAUAUGACCUGAUACGAUCUGAUAUGACCUGAUACGAUCUGAUAUGACCUGAUACGAUCUGAUAUGACCUGAUACGAUCUGAUAUGACC